CAGACACGCAGCGUGGGUGUCCUUAUUUCCACAUGGGGAUAUUUUGGGGGGUUUUAUGGUGAAACCUCCACCUUUUUCUGAGCGGAUACAGAGAGAAGCCCAUGAGGCGCUGUGGGGGCCACAGGUCCCUGCGUCCCCCCCCUCAGAGCCCCGCGCUGGCCUUUGGUUUCUCCACCAUGAACGUCUCUAGGAGCAAUUAUCGCGUGUUUUCUGCAAACUCCUCAUCCGGCUGCACCGAGCUGCCCACCAAGAUCACAGAGCGCCUGGGUGUGGAGCUGGGCAGGUCGGUCGUUUAUCAGGAGUCAAACUCAGAGACGAAAGUGGAAGUGAAGGAAUCUGUCCGAGGACAAGACGUCUUUAUUAUUCAGACCAUUCCAAGGGACGUCAACACGGCCGUCAUGGAGCUGCUGGUGAUGGCUUACGCUUUGAAGUCGUCUUGUGCGAAGAACAUCAUCGGAGUCAUUCCCUACUUUCCCUACAGCAAGCAGUGCAAGAUGAGGAAGAGAGGCUCCAUCGUCUGCAAGCUGCUGGCUUCCAUGCUGGCCAAAGCCGGACUGACUCACAUCAUCACCAUGGACCUUCACCAGAAGGAAAUCCAGGGCUUCUUUAACAUCCCCAUCGACAACCUCCGCGCUUCGCCUUUCCUCCUGCAGUACAUCCAGGAGGAGAUCCCAGACUACAGGAACGCCGUCAUCGUUGCAAAGACUCCAUCUGCUGCUAAAAGAGCCCAGUCCUACGCUGAGAGACUGCGACUCGGCCUGGUGGUGAUGCACGGGGAGGGGCAGCAUUCAGAGUCGGACAUGGCAGACGGUCGGCACUCCCCCCCGCUGUCCCGGACCACGGCGGGACACACAGGCCUGGAGCUGCCAUUGAUGAUGCCGAAGGAGAAGCCUCCUAUCACCGUCGUUGGAGACGUAGGAGGAAGAAUCGCCAUCAUCGUGGAUGACAUCAUAGACGACGUGGAGGACUUUGUUGCAGCAGCAGAACGACUAAAGGAGAGAGGAGCCUAUAAGAUCUACAUCAUGGCCACGCAUGGGCUGCUGUCUGCAGAAGCCCCCCGGCUGAUAGAGGAGUCUGCUAUAGAUGAGGUGGUGGUGACCAACACCGUCCCCCAUGAGGUGCAGAAGCUUCAGUGUCCCAAGAUCAAAACGGUGGACGUGAGUCUGAUCCUGGCUGAGGCCAUCCGCCGCAUCCACAACGGAGAGUCCAUGUCCUACUUGUUCCGGAACAUCGCCGUGGACGACUGAGGCGGCGCAGACGCCGCGGGACGGACGCUUCCUGUUCAACAUAAAUCUGAUUGAUUUACCGAAUGUCACAAAUGAGGCAAGAAAAA